ACAUAUAAAAUUUGAAUACUUAAGUGUAAUAAAAUGGUUCCAGAAUAUGCUGAAUUUGUUGUUAUUCAUAUGAUUUUUGCAACCAGGGAUAAGCCUUUAAUGAUGACUCGAAGGCGUGAUCGACCAAGCAGUACAUUGUCACAAGUAAAAGAUUGGUAUAGGCGAUCUUUCUCAAAAGAAGUAAAUGCCCUCAAUCAGACAGAUUGCCCAAUACGAUUAAGCAUACGAGAAUGGAGAAUAUUUUCUGGUGACAAAAAACUUUUCACCGUGGACGAUUUACAUUUCGAACAAAUUUUCAUAAUACUCGGUGUGGAUGCAUGGCAUUGGAUAUUUUUUAAGAAGGACAGAACUCACAUUCGAUUGGAAGGUAGUGCUGUAAUUCCUUUUUCAUAUUGUGGUUGUUGCAUUUUUAAUCAAUAUCCACGUAUUUUGGAAGCUAUCAAAUCUACACGGAAUACAAAAGCUCAAAAAAAGUGAAAAACAAAAAUAGAUUGAUUAAAUAUGUAGUUAUUAAGUAAUUUUAAGUGAGAUUUUUUAUCGAAAAUAAAUUUCAAGUUUUAGUUAAGUCAAAUGCAAGCAAA